AUGCCCCCAGCAGGCUCUGCAUUGCCGACAGCCCCGCCCCGCCUGGUAUCGCUCCGACGAGCCUCUCCGCCUCCUCCAACCUUCCGGCCCUCCCCAGCAUAUCCACCACCGCCGAGUAAUGCUCCCCGUUCGGCUCGAUGCCGUGGUCGUCGACCAUGGAGCUGAAGACCUGGCAUCCUCGGUCCACCAUCCCGCCGUGGCCGCAGGCCGUGAGGACUGCCAGAAAGGUGAGCUGAUCCGGGCUGACCCCGUUCGCCGCCAUUGCCUCGAACAGGUCGACCACGCCGACGUAGUUCGCAUGCCUCGCCUCGGCGGAGAUCAUCGCCGUCCAGCUUAUCAGGCUCUUCUUGGGAGCCUGGUGGAACAGCCUCCGCGCGCCAUCCACGCUGCCGCGCUUCGAGUACAUGUCGAUGAGCGCCCCCGUCAGGUGCUCACCCUCGUCGAGGCCCAUCUUCAGCGCCAGACAGUGACACCGCUGGCCGUAUGUCAAACAAACUGUCUCCUCCGCCGACGCCACGGCGCUGACAACGCUCCCGAAGGUGAAGUCGUUCGGCCGGCAGCGAGAGGUCAUCAUCAUCGAAGAGAACGCCCUCAUAGCUUCUUCGCACAUCCCGUUCUGGGCAUAGCCGGAGAUGAGGGCGUUCCAAGAGACAGCGUCUUCUGCGCUAUCCAUCCCGUCGAACACCCUCCUCGACGCCUCCAUGGACCCCCACUUGGCGUACAUGGUGACGAGGCUGUUGCAGACGUUGCGACUCCCCCGGACCCCCGCUUUGAAGCAGAACCCGUGGAUCGCCUCGCCGGAGCGGGCAGAGGGCCCCGAAGCCGCCACCGCGGAGAUCAAGGCGAUGAAGGUGACAAUAUUCGGCUCCACGCCGUCCAGCAGCAUCUCCUUGAAGAGCGCCAGGGCCUCGCCGGCAUCGAUGGAGAUCAUCGUCGUCCACGAGACGACGUUCCGCUCCUCCACGUCCUGGAAGACCCUCCGGGCGCAGUCCGUCGACCCACACUUGGCGUACAUCGACAUGAGAACGUUCGACACCGACGCGCCCUUGACGAGUCUGCUCUUCAUGGCCAUGCCGUGGACCUGGCGCCCCAUGCGCAGGUUCCUCUCGUGCCCGCAGGCCGCGAGCGCGCUCGAGAGUGAGACGUGGUCCACCACUAGUCCUUCCCUGGUCAUUGCGACGAAAACCUCCAUGGCCCGAGCCCAGCGGUCCUCCUCCUGAGCGUACCCCGAAAUCAGAGCAUUCCAGGAAACCAGGUCCCUCUCGACCAUUUCUCCGAACACCCUGUCAGCUUCUUCCAGGAGACCCGCCUUCGCAUACGCCGAUAUCAGGGCGUUCCCGACGAAGGUAUCCGACUCGAAGCCCGCCUUCACCACUUGAGAGUGGAGCUGCAGGGCAAAGCCACUGCCGCCGCCGCCGCCGCCGCCGCCGUCGUCGUCGUCGUCGAGGUCCGACGUGUAGGCGAGCGCCGUGGUGAAGGUCACGGCGUCGAAGAUGACCCCCGAGCGAGCCAUCGUCACCGCGAACGACAGCGCGUCCUUAGUGCAGGGGAAUCCCGACAGGACGGUGUUCCAGGAGACGACGUCGCGGUGGGACAUGGCGUUGAAGAUCUGGAGGGCCUCACUGAAUCUGCAAAUCUUGCAGUAGAAGUUCAUGAGGGCGUUGGAGACCGUCGUGUGCCGGCCGAGGCCGGCGGCGACGACGACGGCAUGGAUCUGCAUCGCCGUUCUGGGGCGAUCCCCGCGGACGCACGACUUGAGCGAGGCCGCCACCUCGGCGGGUUCGAGGCCAUGGAAGACCGCCGCCGCCCGGAGCCGCUCCCGGAGGAGGGCGUAGAAAGGUGGCGGGGAUGGCGGCGAGCUUCUGCGGGGGAAGACGCCGUGAGGGUCUCGGCCAUGGCUCUCGCCCUCGGCGCAGAGAGAGGAGAACCCCGGUGGGGCGCAGCUGGCGCGGAGUUGCGAUGGCCGGAUGAAACAGAAGCUGUAAAUUCCGCCGGGGACGGUGGAAUCUGAUGGAAAACCCGCCCUUGCUUCUUCCCAGUUCCUACCAAGCGUCGUAAAAAGGCGCGAAAGCCCUGCGACUAACAUGUAUCUUCUUUCCACAAUUUCCUCUCUCUCGACACCUCUGUCGGUCUAUUUAGAUGCCAUUAAACAGGCAGCCUUUCUGUUCCUCCGGCACCAGAGAAGAGAGAGCACUGGAAGGCAUUAUAAGAUCUCAGUUGGCCGGCAUCGGAACGGCGAGGGCUCGGUCGCCAACUCAAUCCACGGCGCAGUACUACAUGACGCCUCCCGAAGCGAGGUAUGCGGUAGCGCGGCGCCGAAUACCGCCGGGAAGGUGCAGCUCGAGGCAGCAUUCGUAACACUGUCGCCGUCUACAAUCGGAGCCUCUCUACCUACCUUCGACCUUCUUUUCCACAUGGGAUUGGUCAGGGGCUGAUGCAAAAUAACAGCCAGGGGAGUAUUUGUUCUUAGAAGGAAACCGAGAGACUCAGCUCCCGGCGAGGAUCGAACUCGCGACCUUUCGCUUACGAAGCGAACGCACUACCACUAUGCUACGGAAGCAAAUUUGUUAUAGGACCAAUAAAAUAAUAUAUUUUUUAUAAAACAGUCCGCCAUUCAAACCGGCCAGUCUCACCGCCGUCGCCUUCACAGGGAUGAGCCAGUUCAGCCCGAUCGCAAUGCCGGGGAGACUGCAAGAGAGGGGAUGCAGCUCGGCGGCAAGUUCAAGCUCAAGGUGAGGGCGCUCUCCCGCCACGAUCAUCUCGGCAGCUUCCUCCCAGCGAACGGUGGGCCGGAAGGCAGGGAUGGCGGCGCCGACUCGGUCUACGACUUCGGGGAGGAGAUGGCCACCUUCUUGGGUCGUGGAUUCGGAACACGCCGCGAGGGAGCGGGAGGUACCUUGGUUCUCGGCGAAGAUGACGCAGCCGGACUAUCCGACGACGAGUUGCAGCCGUGGAAGGUUGACGAGGCUGCCGCAGCGGAUUCGUCGGAGGUUGAUGCCGACGAUCAAGGCCCGGAGCUGGACUCUGAGGUAAACACAAAACUUAUUUCCGGUGAUGGAUCUCCCCAGACUUCCUGGCCGUGAUGUCGGCCGAACCAACCACGGAAAGCAGAGCUGUGAUGUCGCCGCCUCUGCUUUUAUUGUGCCACCAGAUUUCGCAGAAGGUUAUGAACCUAGAAGCAUUGCAGAGGAUCGCCAGCCGCGGUAUUCCCUGGGGAGGGGGCAUGCGAGCGUUAGUCUGGAAGGUCCGGUCUCCUAUCCUCCCUUCUUUGGCUCUCUUCUUAGACAGAUGGUUUGCUUUACUGCGUUGAUAGUCAGAUCUGUCGCGAGACCGGCGGUCGAUUAGAGCUAGAACUAGUUCACGAUUCCCGUCUCUGCCUUCUCUCUGUCGAUGUUUCGGAUCGACAGCUCCUUUUAGGUUAUUUACCCGAAGAUCGAGAUUCCUGGGACGGAGCCUUAGUAGAGAAGAGGGAGGCGUACGCGAAGCUACGAUCGGAACUCAUCCUGAAUCCUGUAAGUGUCCGAAAUCCUUCCUAGUGAACAUUUCUGCCGAUCGCCGAAUUCGCAUUCGCUUAAUCGUAUGCUGUUGUCAUCUAGACAGUCUGAAUCUGGGGGCGAGCAAGGUGGUGCCGCGGAUGGACCACUCGAGAGACGCGAAAUUCCCGACGGAGACCACCCUCUUUGCCUGGGAGAGGACAGCAUCUGGCAUCGAUACUUUCAGGUAAAUUACCGCGAUGACAACAUUCAUCCGAUGAGGAUUCGAGGCUCAAAUGGGAAUUAAGCGAAGACCAUGCUCUGCAGGACGCCGAGAUCGCUACACAGAUCGACCGUGAUCUUGAGCGCACCCAUCCGAACAGUAGAUUCUUCGCAGGGGACUCGAAAUCGAGCCGCAUAAACCGAGUACUCUAUCCACUCUCUUGUUAUCAUAUUUUUCACCCACAUGCCCCUUACCCCUCCCCCGGCCGAGGAGACCUGGUAACUCCGCCGAUGAUGUGGUGGCGCCAAAACCUGACAGGAGUCGAUGAGGAGCAUUCUUCUUCUGUUCGCCAAGCUCAAUCCUGCAGUCAGCUAUGUGCAAGGGAUGAACGAGGUCUUGGCCCCGCUGUUCUACGUAUUCAGCUCGGAUCCAGACGCCCAACAAGCCGUAAGUCUACAACACCCCUUCUCCGUUGAGGAUCAUUUCGAACUCCCCCCGAGUGUUACAAAUCGUUACCGGCAAAUGAUGAUUGUUUGCCCCCUCCACUCUCCUGUAGGUGCAGUCAGAUGCAGAGGCAGACAGCUUCUUCUGCUUUGUGUCUCUGCUGAGCAACUCGGUGGAUCACUUCUGCCCGCAUCUAGACAACAGCCCCAAGGGAAUCCUCUCCACUCUCGCCGACCUGUCCCAGCUUCUCAAGGCCAACGACGAGGAGCUGUGGCGUCACCUCGAGCUCUCCAACAAGGUAGGACCUGCAUGCAGGGAGAUAAGCGUAGUACGAUGCAUAUCGCGUCUCAUCUCUCCAGUAAAAAGCUCUCCUCCCCUACCUGCAGGUGAGGCCGCAGUUCUACGCCUUCCGGUGGAUCACUCUGCUUCUGACGCAGGAAUUCGGGCUCCCGGCCGUCAUCCGGAUAUGGGAUGCUCUCCUCGGUAACCCCUCUGGGGUUCAGGUACAGAGAGAGAGAGAGAGAGAGAGAGAGAGAGAGAGAAGAUUCAACGGAGGGAGCGGAUGACCGUUGGAUUGGGGUGGUGGGUCUUGCAGGAAAUGCUGCUGAGGGUUUGCUGCGCGAUGUUGCUGUGCGUGAGGCGGGAGCUGCUGGAGGGCGAUUUCAUGGCGAAUGUGAAACUCCUGCAGAGCUACCCUCGCGUGGACCUGGAGCGUCUGCUGAACGUGGCCGGGCAGGUGGUGACGCCGCAAUCCCGGGGGCCCACCUGA